ACUACACACCACACAAUGGCCUCUCUAGCCCCCGAACCCGACUCAACAACCCCACCACCUCAUAAAAACCCCUACCCCACCUCCCCCCGCCUCGACAUGCCCUUCGACCGCCGCCUCCUCCUAACCACCACCCUCUCCUUCCUCUCAGGCUUCACCCUGGGCUCCUUAUCCGCAGGCCACAUGGCCUCACUCCGUUUCCGCGCCGAAAACGCGCACCGUCUCCCGACUUCAAAUCCAGGCUGGUACCUCUACCACAAAUCCAAAAACUACUACAAGUGGCGGUACGGGAUUGUCGAAGGGCUCAGAAAGGGCACGUAUAUCGCCGCAUGGAGUAUGGUGUUUUUCGUAGUGGAAGAGAGCCUGGAUGUUUUUCGGGGCACGUGGAGGGCGGGACGCACGAUGGAGGAGAUGGAGGGCGUGGAUGAGUUGGAUUUGAAGAAGAUUGAGAGGGGGGUGAGUGGGAGUAGGGAUUUCGUUAGUAGUGCGCUUGCGGGGAUGGUGACGGGGGGUGUGUGGAGUGCGUGGCAUCAGUUUCCGGUUUCGACGGCUGCGAGGACGAUUCGGUUGGGGUUGUUGGUUGGGUUGGGGUUUGGGUUGGGACAAGAUGGACUGGUUUGGGCAAAGGCGAGGUGGGGCGGGGGAAGGGAGAGUGAGAGCUGGAUUUACAGGGGCGCGAGGAAUAGGAGGGUUGAGGAGGAG